AUGAACAAUCAAAAGAUUGAAUGUCAAGAGUCACCGUCCGUAUUACUCGUUGACCUAUUACAAUUUUCAAAUCCAAGUAGCACAACGACUAAUAGUCAAUGUUGUGAUGGCACAAAACCAACUGCCACUCUUAAUUGUUCAACAAUUACCUGUAAUAUUUGGACAAUUAUAUGUUUAGAUUUUUUGAAUAGUGUUUCUGUGUCGAAUUGGACUCAUUGUCCGUUAGGUGUAUUAUCUGUUCAAGCUUUAACGAAUACAAUCACAUUUAAUUAUUAUCAAUUACAAAGUGCUGCAUCAAAACUACCCUUAAUCUUUGCAUUACCUAAAAUAAACGAUAAUAUGAUUAGUUUGAAAAUAUUUCUGUUUAAUUAUAUCAUAAAUAAUAAUACAAUAGCUAUAUUAAAUCAAGAAAGACAACUUGAUCGAUUUUAUCUUCAGUACAGAAUUGAUCGUUCAUUUUCAUCGCGAGAUGUCGGCAUAUUUGAACAAAUCUCCUCGACAGGAUUAAAAAACACAGUUACGCAAGAACAUGUUACUCAAAGAAAUCAACUAAACUUAGCACUGAUGACCUAUUGUCGGCCAACAUUCUACGGUUCACAAUGUUCUGUUCAGUGUAUAGCUAAUGAUAAUUGUCAAAGUUCCUAUGAAUGUCAUCCGACGACCGGUGCUAAGAUAUGCAAUCCUGGUUGGUAUUCUGGUUUAUUUUGUGAAAUACAAAAUCAAUGUCCACCUAAUUUUUAUGGUCCUAAUUGUAACGUUGAAUGUUUACCACCGAAUUCGUGUGUCGAUGGUCAUUUUGAGUGUAAUUCAUUGGGAGAAAAAGAGUGUCGAGCGAAUUGGCUUCCAGUUGGCAAAUGUAAUCAAAAACUCAUACCACCAUCAACUGAUUCUGAAUGUCCAAAUGCAAAUGGCUGUCUCAAUGGUGGUAAACUAUGUGAAAUACCAGUUGAUUUCUGUGCCAGCAGACAAUGUCUCAAUAAUGCACUUUGUACAUCUAACGAAAGUGGCUAUUACUGUUUAUGUCAUGCAGGUUAUACGGGACGAAAUUGUGAAAUCAGUCUGAAUCCCUGCCAGUAUCAAGCGUGUCAAAAAGGUGUUUGUCAACCAAACUCAAAUUUUACCUCAUUUACAUGCGUAUGUUACCAAGGUCAGACAUGUUCAGUUGACAUAAAUGAGUGCACGACUGUUACUGCUUCAUGCCGUAAUGGUGGAAGAUGUAUGAACACGAAUGGUGGUUUUCAAUGCUCUUGUUCAUCAGCUUACGAAGGAAGAUACUGUGAUAUCCCCAUUGAUCCUUGCAUUAGUAAUCCAUGUGUAGCAUCCAAUACAAUAUCGUGUCGUAUGACAACACAAGUAUCAAGUAAUAAUGGUACAUUAGGUUAUGUAUGUACUUGUCGACCGGAAUACACAGCACUUUGCGAGGUAGAAAUUAGUCGUUGUGCCAGUCAACCAUGUGCUUUUGGCACAUGUUAUGAAGAUCUUGCUGGUUGGUCAUGUGUUUGUGAUCCUGGAUGGACGGGAGUACAAUGUAAAGACGGCAUUAAUGAAUGUGAAUCCAGACCAUGCCAGAAUGCAGCUGUUUGUAUCGACGGUAUUAAUAGUUAUCAUUGUAGCUGUUUAGUAGGAUUUACGGGUGCAAAUUGUGAACUUCCAAUAAAUCAUUGUUCUGUUAAUUUAUGCCGAAAUGGAGGUCAAUGUGUUGACACUGUGGUUUCUUACAGUUGUAUUUGUCCUGUUGGUUGGGCAGGAGUGAAUUGUGAAGUAAAUAUCAAUGAGUGUUUAUCGCUUGUUUGUCAUCCAAAUGCAACAUGUAUCGACGGACAAGGAAAUUUCACUUGCAUUUGUCCUCCAGAACUAACUGGCCCAAAUUGUCAUACGACCAUCGAUCAAUGUGUAGCAAAAACUUGUUAUAAUGGAGGAUUUUGUAUUAACACCGGUACUACUUCACCACGUUGUUUGUGUCCACAAGGUUUCACUGGAACAGAUUGCAGCAUUAAUAUCGAUGAUUGUAUACCAAAUAUAUGUCUCAACGGUGGAUCAUGUAUUGAUCAACUAAACAGUUUUAUUUGUUUUUGUCCGAGUGGCUUUACUGGUUCAGUGUGUCAAAUAGUUGUUAGUCAAUGCACAAAUCAACGAUGUAUGAAUGGCGGCAUCUGUCGCGAGGCAUAUAACUUAGCACAAGGAUUUAUUUGUAUUUGUCCGCCCUUAUAUAAUGGAACUUAUUGUGAAGAUCGAAUUGAUCCCUGUUCCACUUUCCCAUGUAUUCAUGGCACAUGUUCGAAUGCUGUUGUGGAAUCAAAUAAUAUUUUGUCUUAUACUUGUACGUGUAGUCCGGGUUAUAUAGGUCGUAACUGUGAAACAGAAAUUAAUUUGUGUCAAUCAAAUUCAUGUGGACCCUAUGGCCUGUGUAUUAAUAAUUUGAAUACAUUUCAAUGUUGCUGUCAACCUGGUUACACCGGACAAUUUUGCGAUCGUCUUUAUGACCUUUGUUUAUCUAAUCCAUGUUCUCUCGACGGUUUACAACAAUGUAUUUCGUAUUCAUCUAAUAACACGUAUCAGUGUUUCUGUAAACCAGGGUAUACCGGUCGAUACUGCGAGGUGGGAAUAAAUGAGUGUGAAUCUCGUCCAUGUAUUAACGGUGGAACGUGUAUUGACUUUCAAAAUCGAUAUGAAUGUGUUUGUCCAAACUCCUAUAGUGGAACAAACUGCGAGAGAUUACGUGAUUCAUGUACAAGUGGACAAUAUUGUUUGAAUAAUGGUGUUUGCCGGGUGAAUCAAACUGGUUUUAAUUGUGUGUGUUCACAAGGAUAUACGGGAAAUAAUUGUGAACUUGUGAUUAACUAUUGUCAGUCCAUGCCGUGCCAGAAUGGAGGAAUAUGUCGAACAUCAUCAACAGGAUUUACGUGUGAUUGUGUACGCGGUGUGACAGGAGAUCAAUGUCAAACAAUAGUCAACCAGUGUCAAUCUGAUUCAUGUUUGAAUGAUGGAACGUGUAUUUCAAUGCUCAAUCGUUUUGUCUGUCUUUGUGCACAAGGAUAUUCAGGACUAAUAUGUGAAACAAAUCGUGAUGAUUGUCAACCAGUAAAUCCCUGUCUUAACGGUGGUAGAUGCAUUGAUGGAAUAAAUAAUUUUACAUGCAUUUGCAACCUAGGCUUUACGGGCGAUUACUGUGAAAAUCAGAUUAAUACAUGUCUAUCAAAUCCUUGCUUGAAUGGUGGUCUUUGUCGACCAUUAAUAAACAGUUACCGAUGUGAUUGUCCUGAAGGAUAUACGGAUUCAACAUGUUCCUCAGCGAUCAAUCAUUGUUUGAGUAGUCCCUGUAUGCAUGAUGGUUACUGUAUUAAUUUUAUUAACGGUUAUCGUUGUGUUUGUCAAGAUAAUUAUGUAGGAACAAUAUGUGAAGAAGAAUUGAAUGCUUGUGAAUCCUCACCUUGCAUGCAUAAUUCAACAUGUAUCAAUGGUGUAUCUCGUUUUGAUUGUUCAUGUGCACUUGGAUUUCGCGGUUUCCACUGUGAGAAAAAUAUAAACGAAUGUGAAAGUUCUCCGUGCUUAAACAAUGGUGUAUGCCAAGAUCAGAUUAAUGGAUAUGAAUGUUUGUGUAAUUCAAUGUACAGUGGUUCACGAUGUGAACUAAAAACCAAUCUUUGUUCAUUAAAUCAAUGUUUAAAUUCUGGAACAUGUAUCGAUGGUACAGAUCAAUUUCAUUGUAUAUGUCCAUCGUGGUAUUAUGGCUCACGAUGUGAAAAUCGUGUAUAUCCAUGCAAUACAUCAAAUCUAUGUGUUAAUAAUGGAACAUGUUUAGAAAAUCUAACAACAACUACAGGUUUCACGUGCCAAUGUUCACCAGGAUUUACAGGAAUUCUGUGCGAAAUAAAUAUUGACGAAUGUUCCUCACAACCAUGUCAUAGAGGACAGUGUAUUGACAAAAUAAAUGGUUAUGUGUGUGCAUGUUAUGCUGGAAAUGUGGGUGUGCAAUGUGAGGUGAGUUUAGAUACUGCAUAUAAAUAUCAGUGUUAA